CUUUCAUCCAUAAAGAACCAGUAAUCUGAUCAGUAGUUAACCACCUCAAGAACAAAGCUGAAUCAUGUUCAAGCUAGUGACAUCCUGCUGGCCUCAACUAAAUACUGAUGGAACACGAAGGAAUGUGACCAUCAUCAUCAUCGGUCUGGAGAAUGCCGGAAAAACUGUUUUUGUGGAGGCCUUCCACAGACAUAAGGACCUAGGAGCAUUAGACACUGCACUUCCUAGCAAGAUAGACAGUUGUAUGGAAUCUUCUAUGAAAUCUAAACUGACUACAGUUCUGCUAGAUGAAUAUGAAGUUUCUAUCUAUGACCUGAAUGGAGAUAUGAAGGGACGAGAAAUCUGGCCCAACUACUACGCACAAGCACACGGGCUUGUUUUUGUCCUGGAUUCCAGCGACUUAGGACGCAUGCAGGAAGUGAAGACCACUUUAUCACAUCUGCUGUCUGAUGCAAGAGUGGCAGGAAAACCCAUCCUACUACUGGCAAAUAAACAAGACAAGAAGAACGCCCUCUUACCUUGUGAUAUUAUUAAGUAUCUAUUCCUGGAAAGGAUAAUGAACGACAACAAGUUCAUGUGCCGAUUGGAACCCUGUUCAGCUAUUCAAAACCUCCAAAGUAGCAACCAUCAGCCCCUACUUGAAGGGCUGCGCUGGCUGUUAACUGCCAUUCAGAAUAAACAGGAAGAGUUGUGUGCUCACCAACAGUCACUCACCUCAAGUACCCCAACCUCCAAGGACACCACAGGCUCUGAGGAUGAAUGUGCAUCAGUCAGCUUCCAUGCCAACAUAGAAAUGACGGAAGAAAAAGAAGAGCCUCUAGGACAAAAUUCAAUGGAAACUAAGCCCCUAAAGCCAAUCCUACAGAAAGAAGGCUUAAGAUUAAGACCUAAAAAGAAUGUAUCAGUGACAUUUGCUUUAGAUGAACCCAUGGAGGAAGAUGUAUGUUCUGAGGUAAAUGGAGCUCAAAACACUACUGAGCUUCACUACAAAUAUAAAACUGAUGUUCAGUUCCCAGCAACUUACACCAAUGAUGACGAUGAGUACGACGACUAUGAUGAUGAUGAUGAUGAUGAUGAUGAUGAUUAUGAUGAUCUUUUUGAAGAACCCAGCCCCAAAAAGAAAAUGCCUACCUGUUAUGUAGAGGAGAUGAUGCUGGAAGAUGCCUAUGAAGACAUCUUUGAAACCUGUGAGUACUAAAGAGAAAAAUGGAGGGACAUAAAAAGAAACAUCUAAUAUCCCUCCCUCAGUAAAUGCACUCAUCUCAAGAACCAUUAGGAUGAUUUCAGUUUUUUGAUUUCUAUUUAACUAAUACCUCUACAGUCUCAUACAACUCCACCUACUCUAACAUCGCAUUCCUGAGAAAUCCCAUCCUUCCUGUACAUCUAUCCAUCAAAUGAAUGUUACACCCAUGGAGAGGCUCAAGAACAGUUAGCAUCCAUUUGAGAAUGAAGACAACCUUGACAAAGAAUAGAGACCUUACAUUUUUGCACCCAGAUGCUCCCCAGGAAGCCUAUGAACAACAUGUCCUGGCUGACCGACUGAAAUUGAGUCUUAAAACUACAGGGCCAGUUUAGAAUUACAUUUUUCCCCUACAGUUUUUGGAUAUAAUGGGACUGGCAGAAAUAAAUAGAACUUUUAU